AUUUAACAACUGAUUGACAGUUUUACUUGAGUAGGAUGGGAUUAGUGUAUCGGUUGUAACUAUCACAAAGAUAUUAAAUGGCCAAACUGUGUUUAAUGGUAUGGCAGAUAUGCCAUCUGCCAAAUCACAGGUUCGUGUGAGUAUUUAUUCCCAAUAUACUGUAUACCGGUUAGUGGGCAUAUUUGUUCGCGGCGGCUGUAAACCAGGCUUAAUACGACGUGUGGGUUCUUGUACCGCUCAGUAGGUGGCGCUGUCGCUUUUCCACUCCAUAAACAGCCGUCUUGUGGACGCGCUCUUGUUGACUAAUCUGUUGAAAACGUUCGGUUGUUGCUAGGGAACCACGAGAAACAAAAAACUCAAGUAAAAGCAAAGAAAGAAGGCGAUGGUGACAGCUAGCUGUUAAAUAAAUGUUUACAGUUCCAGCUGUAGUGUUCUAGUGCUCAUUUAACUCCCUGGACCCAAAUAACUAUGAUUAUGUUGCAGUAUUCGACAUUUUUACGAUUUUAAUGGAAACAACAAUCUUUCUCGUCCACGCUACAGUUCGCUAGCCACGAGCUCAUAUGAGAAGUUCAUGGAAUAACUAGAAAGUUGAUGGAAUAACUCGACCUCGUGAAAUAUUCUUAACUUUAUGCCCGUUGUGUGUGAAAGCGGUGACCGCGCGUCCUCGGCGAUGGCGGAGUCCCGGGUGAAGGUGGCCGUGCGCGUUCGGCCGCUGCUGCCCCGCGAGGCGCUGCGCGAGCCGAACAUGUGCGUGCAGGUCUCGCCCGCGCACCCCGGGCAGGUGAUCGUGGGGAACCAGCGUGCCUUUACGUUCGACUUCGCCUUUGGUCCCGGGGCCCAGCAGGACGAGCUGUACAGAACCUGCGUGCAGCCGCUGGUGACGUCGCUGCUGGAGGGCUACAAUGCCACUGUGUUUGCUUAUGGGCAGACGGGAUCUGGAAAAACCUACACUAUCAGUGGGGGACCUGUAGUGUCUGCUUCGGGGGGGCGGAGCGGGAUCAUCCCCCGGGCCGUAGAGGAGAUUUUCCUGCAGCUGGCACGGAUGCCAGACACCACCUCCUCAGUCAGGGCCUCCUAUGUGGAGGUGUACAAGGAGGAGCUGAGAGACCUGCUGGAGCUGGAGACCUCCCCCAAACCCCUGCACAUCCGCGAGGACGAGCGAGGGAACACAGUCCUGAUUGGUGCGCGGGAGCAGGUGGUGGAGUCGGGGGAGGAGUUCCUGACGCUGCUGGGGGCGGGGAAUGCGGCGCGGCGCACGGGGUCCAAUCAGAUGAACGAGCACUCGAGCCGCUCCCACGCCCUGCUGACCAUCGUCGUGACGCAGCGCCGCUCGGACCCCGCCCCCCUCUCCCUGGCCUCCAAGUUCCACCUGGUGGACCUGGCGGGCUCCGAGCGGCUCGGCUCGGGUGCCUCACCCCGCCACUUCCAGGAGUCCGUGCAGAUCAACACCGGCCUGCUGGCGCUCGGCAACGUGAUCCGCGCGCUGGCCAGCCCGCGCCGCCGCACCCACGUGCCGUACCGCGACGCCAAGAUCACGCGGCUGCUGCGCGACUCGCUGGGCGGCAGCGCCCGCACGCUGAUGAUCGCCUGCGUGAGCCCCGCCCCCGCCUGCCUGCAGGAGUCGCUCAGCUCGCUGCUGUUCGCCAGUCGCGCCCGCGACGUGCGCAACCAGCCCACGCUCAACCUGGGGGCGGAGCUGGGGGCGGAGCCGGGGGCGGAGCUGCGUGCCAGGUCGGGCGAGGCCAAGUCCCAGCAGGCCCGCCUCCAGGCCCUGCAGGAGGAGCUGGCCCGGCAGAGGAGGAGGAGCCUGCAGUACCGCGCCCUCACGCAGGAGGCCGCCGGUCUGCUGCUGGAGGCGCGAGGUUCCGCUCCCGGCCCCGCCCACUCCGUCCGUGUGCAGGAGUGGCUGGAGGUGCAGGAGGAGCUGGAGAACGAGGGCCCCGCCCACAACGGGGAUGGCAGGGGGACGGAGCUGGGGGCGGAGCUCCAGUGCACCAAUGUCCUGCAGCUGCGCAGGGAGCUCAACAGGUGCCAGGAAGCCCUGGCUGCUGAUGAGCAACUUUUCUCAGAGAGGGAGCAGCAGGUGAAGGAUCUGCAGGAGCAGGUGCGCAGCCUGCAGGAGCAGUGUGAGGCUCUCCUGGCAACCCUGCAGCACGAGCGCAACGGGAGUCGCCUGCAGAGUGAGCAGCUGGUGGAGCAGCAGCUGCUUAUCGAACGCCUGCGGGACCUCCUCACCUCCAGCACCUGUCCGUCCGCCCGCCGGCCCUACAGCGUCCCCCUGAUUACACACCUACACGGAGAGUCCCGUAACCAUGGCAGCCCCAGUGUCAGGAAGGUGCACACCAGCCCUCCUGCGUACUCUCUGGAGAGGGUGAUGGCCUGCUUCAGGACACGCAGCCAGCUGCUGAAGGCACAGGUGGAGGAGGAGGAUCAGGUGCUGCUGCAGGACCAUGAGGAAGAGGAGGAAGAGCAGCAGGGAGCGGAGGAAGAGGCAGACCAGAGCCAGGCCUUUAGGCGCUCUCUCAACCUCACCUGGACACACAGACCUUGUGACCGCCCCUCACCUGGUUACACCCCUGGGGGGAGGGGCCUGAGGCUCCGCCCAAACCUCCAACGGCAGGCUGCACCCGCUGCAGGUGACAGUGUCUGUGUGGAGGCGGAGUCUUACUAUGGGGACAGCUCCAAGUGUGGGUCAGAGUCUGUGGAGGCGUGUUCCCUGAGGGCCAGUCAGGCGAAGAACCUGCAGCUGCUGGAGGCGGAGCUUCGCCAGGGCCACACCCAGCGGAGGAUGGCAGAGCCGGGCCUCAACAUCCGCCCGAAGGUUCCGCAGCAGAAGACAGAGUCUCAGUGCAGCAGCACAGAAGCACAGCUGGAGGAGCAGCGGCGGUGGCUGGAGCAGGAGGAGGAGCGGGUGCUGCAGCAGAGGCGUGGCCUGGAGGAGCUGAGGGAGGAGCUUCAGCGAAGAGAGGAGCUGGUGGCACACAGGGAGGCGCUCUCUCAGGAGAGGAGUCACAUACACCUGAAGAAGCUCCGCUCCAGCCAGGUGUUGGAGCGGGACCUGCUCAGCCUGUCCGCUCGGCUCAGCGUGAUGGACAGAGAGCUGGAGCAGCAGGGCGGGGCUGCGCUGGAGCGCCUCCGUGAGGAGAGGGAGCAGCUGUGCAGGAGGCGGGACGCCCUGGACGACAGGCUGAGCGACGGCAGCGUGCUCACUGCUGAGGAGGAGCACACCCUGUUUCAGGUGGAGGAGGCCAUAGAGGUGCUGGACGCAGUGGUGGAGUAUAAAAACGCCUCCAUCCACAGCAGGCAGUGGGCGUCGGCCGCGCCCCCCAGCGAGGGAGACAUGAUGGACAGGCUCAGCACCCUGCCCCCCCCACACAUUAAAGCACUGCUGCUCAGCUACUUCGACAAGGUGGUGAACCUGCGUGAGGAGGAGAGGAGGCUGCAUUUGCACUGCGAGGAGCUGCAGCUGCAGCUGCAGGAGCAGGUGGGCGUGGCCCGGGAGCUGGAGGCUGCUCUGCAGCGCCUCACGCUGGCCGCUGACCGCCGGCUCACAGAGCAGCAGAGAGAGCAUCAGCAGAGCCUGCAGCAGCUCCUGCACCAGCUCACAGAGGCCCGGGGUGAGGGGGCGGGGAAGAGUGUGAGGUCAAGCGAGGGGCGGAUCCAGGAGCUGGAGAAGGAGCUGUUUUUCUACAAGAGCACCAGCCGGCAGCUGAGGAGGAAACUGCGGGAGCUAAACCCCGCCUUCAGCGCAGAGACUCCGCCCAGCAGGGGGCGUGGCCACGAGAGCACAGAGAGCUCACUGUGCAGCAGCGCCUCGGCCCACAGCACCCAGCCGGAGGAGGCUCCGCCCUGCGGCGCCCAGGGCAGAAAGCGAUUGGACGAGGAGGCAGGGCGGAGGCGGGGUGGUGCGAGGGCGGAGCCAGAGCCCCCCAGGCUGCAGGCCCGUCGCACCAGCCUGCUCUCCUUCCAGGAGGACUCCAUAGAAGCAUCCGGCCACCAGGGCCAAUGAGCUGGCUGCAUUACAGCAGCUGGUACCGCUCAGUUCUUACAGGUGUUACCCUGCUGUCACACCCAGACUUUGUGUGCAUAGAGACUCUGUGUGCAUUGACCCCCUGCUCUUAUACUGUGAAAUACCAUGUGCUUAUGCACUUAUGCAUGGACAUGCGCAGCCAGUGGAACUGGCCUCUGACACAGGCAGCUU